AUAGAUAUACCUAUCGUAUUAACUUUGGUGUAUUAUAACGUGCGAUAGUUAACAGCUGUAUGACAUAAAUAAGUUUAAAAAAUGAGUCAGAAAUUAUACAAUAUCAAAUAAGUGGUAAAAAGAUAACUUUGAAUUUUGUUGGAUAUCUCGAGAAGUGCGUUCGAUUCAGAAGUCUAACUUCAGGCAUACGUGUUUGGAGUGGUUCCGGGCUAAUCAUCGUGUUCCGAAGCUGUGUGGAGAUCUUAGUGUUUGAUCGGGAUAUCAUCAACAACCGACAUCACGGCGCAGGACAACACGAAUUCUCAGAGAACAAUGAGUUUCCCUGAGAAACAAGACAGCAUAUCUAAGGAUGAGUGGGUGGCAAGGCUGGAAGAGGGAUUUCAUAUGCAACGAGUAUCGAUGAAUAAUUUAAUCAUGAAUUAUCUUGUGACAGAAGGAUUCAAGGAAGCUGCUGAGAAAUUCCAGCAAGAAUCUGGAGUGGGUCCUACAGUGGAGUUAAGUUCGCUGGAUGAUAGAAUUCGCAUUAGAGAUGCUAUACAAAAUGGUCGUAUUCAGGAAGCCACAGAUUUGGUUAAUCAGCUACAUCCUGAACUGUUGGAUAAUGAUAGAUAUCUUUACUUCCACUUGCAACAGUUGCAUCUGAUUGAACUGAUUCGUGUAGGUAGAAUUGAGGAGGCUCUUCAGUUCGCUCAGGACAAGUUGAGCGAAGCUGGAGAGUCAGAUGACAAUAUAUUGUGCGAGUUGGAACGUACUUUGGCACUACUGGCAUUUGAUGAGCCACUUAGGAGUCCAUUUAGCGAUCUCUUGCAUCCUACACAUAGACAAAAAAUAGCAAGUGAGUUGAACGCAGCCAUAUUGAAAAUGGAACACAGAGAAUCAACUAGCCCUCGACUCAAUAACCUACUAAAGAUGAUACUAUGGGCUCAAGAUGAAUUAGAUAAGAAAAAAGUAAAAUAUCCAAAAAUGACUGAUUUAGGUAGUGCUACAAUUGAGAACACGAAAUAAUUUCAUUGUAAUUGAUAAUUGACUGGGGGCAUAAAUGUUACACUGAAUUACCUUAUGAGAAAGCUAAACAGAUACGUGAUUGUAUUAUCAAUGUUUCGCAUGCGAGAGAUAGAGCCUGAGUUCAACUAUGAAAAAAAAUUUUACAUAAAUAGGUGUCUAUAGAAUUGUCUAAAUUUUCAUCUUAUAUCAUGACUUAGAGAGAGGGUAUAACUAUUACUACGCACUAAUUAUUACAAUAACGACAUAAUCACAACGUUAUGGUUAUAAUCGACGAGUUAUCGUUAUUAUUGCUACGAAAGAGUCAUUAUUGCAAUAUUUCCCAUCCAUUUGUGUAAGAUUCAACGGUAACAUAAUGUAGGAAAACUUUGUAUAGAUAUCAAAUUUUUACAUGAUUAAUAUAACAUUAUAUGCUAGCAAUAUAUAUGUAUGUAUAAUGCAGAAUAGAAGAUAUAUAUAUUCAA